AUGAAGCUCCCACUCCUCUCUUCCUUGGCAGUGGUGUCCGCCCUGUCCGGCGGUUCUGCGGCCAUUUCGAUCCUCAUGGGCAACGACGACGGGUUCGGAAGCGCACAGCUUCGUGAGUUCUACCGCUUCCUCAAGGCCGACGGACACGAUGUCGUGAUCGUCGCCCCGGUCGAUAACGAGAGUGGUCAAGGUGGUCGAGCCGUGUACUCCUCCUCUGCGAACCUGACAACCGCUUCUGAGUUCGACCUGAUUCCUGCGGGAGCUCCAGCGCUGGGCCGCGACCCAUUAGAUCCGAACAUUUGGUACUAUAACGGCACACCCGCCGCAUGCACCUUUGUGGCCUUGGAUUAUGUGCUCCCACUGUACUACGACAACAAGACGAUCGACCUGUAUGUGGGCGGGCCCAACUACGGGACCAACGUGGGAAGUUUUCUGUACACUCUGAGUGGCACAAUGGGCGGCACAUACGCCGCCGUUGGGCGAGGUAUCCCUGGUAUCGCCUUCUCCGGAGCCAACAGCGAGCAGCGGUCAUAUACCUGGAUCAAUGCCACGACAGCCUCCGGUCACCCUGACCCAGCGACCAUCCAGGGCCGCCUGGCUGCCGAUGUUGUCAGACAGCUGGUGAAUGGGACGAAGUCGGGCAAGAGGCUAAUGCCCGUUGGCUAUGGGUUGAAUGUCAACACCCCGUUCAUCACCUCUUUUACCAACGCCUCGUGCGUCGCCCCACCAUUCAUCCAGACUCGCUUCUCCGGAGGCGGCUUCACUGAUUCGGCUCUGUACAACGCCACGACGGGCACAUUCCAUUACGGUAACUACCUUGGCUCCGGUGUGAAUCGCUGUAUCAACGGCAACUGCGCCCUGCCUGGCGAGACCAACGUCGUCGACCAAGGCUGCUACGCUUCUCUCUCCGUCUUCUCCGUCGACUACGACGCUCCUUUGGGCAAAGACCAGACCGAUCUUCGAGUUGCUAUGGAGCCGCUCGUGGUAUUCCAGGAUCCGACCGUCAAGAUGGCCGUCAAGACUCGUGGAAUCUUGACAAGUACGUGGUUCACCUCCUUGUUUUGA